GUAGCACAUGGAUUUUGUCUGCCUGUUAUCCUUAACCAGGAUAGUUUAGGAAAUGGCUACCAAAUUGUGACCGCAGGCUUCUAGGAAAGCCAAUUGUAUUGGUCCAUAUGGGGCUAUCCGUUUUGAAAAAGGAAAAAAAUUAAGUAUUUAGGCAUAUCUGACGGUUUAUAGUAGAAUAUAGUUCACAAUCACCGCAGGUCGUCUAUGUUUUAUUUUGAGCCACUAUCCCUCUUCAGGUGCUUGUGUAGAACUGCCUGGCCCGUGACCAGCUGACCCCGGCGCGCGGUCCCAACGCAAUCUAUGGCUCUUUCACCCUCACGCGAGAGAUAGCCCGACACCGACAGGACUCUUUCGAAAAUAGACCGUACCGCUUUGACCGCCCUCUCCUAUCCUCCCCACACACCCUCCCUUCAAACCCACUCCUUUCUCUCUCCGCUGAGGAGCGUCGUAGUUGUACCUCGCUCCCCGUUCGCCAAGCCCGCACCGAGUGUACAACACUGGACCACAGAGAACCAGAUAAAACAUUCCAAUAAGCAGGGAGCGUUACCGAGAACAGAGAACUACCAAGGGAAGGGGGAGAGGAGAAUUCGGAGGUCAAACGACAGUGGCGAUCCCCAUCAAAUAGCGAGCUGAUUGGCGAUGAGUCGCAGCAUCGUACGACAGAGUAAGUUCCGACACGUCUUUGGCCAGGCGGUGAAGACGGAGCAGGGCUACGAUGACAUACGCGUUUCCAAGGUGACGUGGGACAGCUCAUUCUGUGCCGUAAACCCAAAGUUCCUGGCCGUCAUCGUGGAAUCCAGCGGGGGCGGAGCCUUCCUCGUCCUGCCCCUCUCUAAGAUGGGUCGUCUGGAUAAGAAUCACCCGUUGGUGACGGGUCACGCUGGGCCCGUCCUGGACAUCGACUGGUGCCCUCACAACGACCACAUCCUGGCGUCGUGCUCAGAGGACACCACCGCCAUGGUGUGGCAGAUCCCUGACCAGAUGGGGACCCAGCCCAUAUCAGAGCCCAUCGUGGUGCUGGAGGGACACUCCAAACGUGUCGGCAUUGUCACCUGGCACCCCACUGCACGCAACAUACUACUCACUGCAGGCAGUGAUAACCUGAUAAUAAUCUGGAACGUGGGGACUGGCGAGGCCCUCAUCUCCAUGGACGACCACCCAGACCUCAUCUACAACGUCAGCUGGAACCGUAACGGCAGCCUGUUCUGCACCACCUGUAAGGACCGACGCCUCCGCGUGUGUGACCCCCGCAAGAGAGAGGUGGUCGCGGAGAGGAUGGCUCCACACGAGGGGAUCCGACCAAUGAGGGCCAUCUUCACCAGAGACGGAAACCUGUUCACUACUGGCUUCACCAGGAUGAGCCAGAGAGAGCUGGGCCUGUGGGACCCGACACAUUUUGAGGAACCUAUUGCACUGCUGGAGUUGGACACAAGCAACGGUGUGUUGUUACCGUACUACGACCCAGACACCAACAUGGUUUACCUCUGUGGAAAGGGGGACAGUAGUAUCCGGUACUUUGAGAUAACAGAGGAACCUCCCUAUGUCCACUACCUCAGUACCUUCAGCAGCAAGGAGCCUCAGAGGGGGAUGGGCUUCAUGCCCAAGAGAGGAGUGGAUGUCAGCAAGUGUGAGAUCGCCAGGUUAUAUAAGCUUCAUGACAAGAAGUGUGAACCCAUUGCCAUGACAGUACCUAGAAAGUCGGACCUGUUCCAGGAUGACCUGUAUCCAGACACGGCAGGUCCCGACCCAGCCCUGGAGCCAGAGGAGUGGCUGGAGGGGCGAGACGAGGACCCCAUCCUUCAGUCCAUGAGGGACGGCUACGUUCCCCCCAAGAGCCGCGAGCUCAAAGUGGCCAGGAAGAAUGUUCUGGACUCCAGACCCACCCCCAGACGCAGCAUGUCCUCCUGCGAUGGCUCAGCCAACCUGCCCCCUCAGUUGGUAGAUCGGUUGUUGGAGGAAGUUAAGAAUCUCAAGGCGACAGUUCUGUCUCAAGAGAAGAGAAUCUGUGACCUGGAGAAUAAACUAUCCAAGUACACCAACGGCACAGCCUGACACACACACACACACACACACAGACAGACACACACACACACACACACAGACAGACAGACAGACAGACAGACAGACAGAGACACACACACACACAGACAGACAGACAGACAGACAGACAGACAGACAGACAGACAGACAGACAGACAGACACACACACACAUCCCGCACACACACACCGCGGCAACCCCUACACACACAAAUACAGAUACAACGUUAAAACACACUGAAACAACACCGCCAUUCCCCUACACACACUGCACAAUAACCUCACUGACCUCAUAUACACCGCGUGAUUCAGUCAAAGGCAUAAUCAACAAGCACAUUGCACUUGACCUUUAAAGGCGCAUUGUCAGAGGUGCUGUAUGCAACCUGCCUUUAAAUUAAUCUGUCCCUAACAACCCCAAUAACGCCUAACUUCAAACACACAUAACCCCCCACCCCCCAAAACACACACAUAACCCCCCCCAAAACACACACAUAACCCCCCCCAAAACACACACAUAACCCCCCCUACCCCCCAAAAACACACAUAACUCCCCACCCCCCAAAACACACAUAACUCACACACCCCAAAACACACACAUAACACCCCCCCAAAACACACACAUAACACACCCCAAAAACACACAUAACCCCCCAAAACACACACAUAACACACCCCAAAAACACACAUAACCCCCCAAAACACACACAUAACACACCCCAAAAACACACAUAACCCCCCCAAAACACACACAUAACACACCCCAAAAACACACAUAACCCCCCCAAAACACACACAUAACACACCCCAAAAACACACAUAACCCCCCAAAA